GCCGCGCGGAAGGGGAUGGACCGCGGCGGCAUCUGGCCCACGACGCUGUACCGAAAAGCCCAGAACAAACAACACCUGGAGGCGGAAAGCCCACGCUCGAGUCCUGAGUCACCCCAUUCCUCCGGCCGUCGUCUCGGCUCGGCCGCCCUCCUCUCCGAGCGUCGCCUCCCACCCCAACCCGCCAAGCCGGGGCCCAUGGCGUUCGCCGCACGGAGGAGCCUCGCCUCCCGCUUCUCCCACCACCUCACCCGCCGCCUCCACCCGUCCGUCCCGCAUCUGCUCUCCCGCUCCAACGACGAUGAGCCCCCAUCUCAGCCACAGCCACACCCACUCCCGUCACUCCGCUCUCCGCUCCCACCCGCUUCCGGAGCGGCCCAAACCCUACACCACCCCUUCCCCUUCUCCCUCCACCACUCGGGGCUACCCCGCCGUAGCUUCUCCUCCUCCGCCCCCGCCCCCGCCCCGGACCCACCCGGAGAGGUUGAUGCUGCUGCGAGCGUCCUUGUCGACGCCGUGGCUUCGUCGGUGCCGGCGCCGUUCCCGGGGGAGGUGGCAGCCGCCGCCGCCGACUCCUUCUUCCCCUUCGCCGCGCUGCAGCACCUCAUUGAUACCAUACAUACCUUCACCGGGCUCAACUGGUGGGCUUCUAUCGCGUUAACGGCGGUGCUGAUCCGGACCGCGGUGAUUCCAUUCACGGUUAGCCAUCAGAAGUCCGGCGAGAAGAUACAUGCAAUGAAACCAGAGGUGGAUGCCAUUAAGCAUGCAGUGGAUCUUACGGAUCCAAAAUCAGUGCUAGUGGGGAAUUAUAAAAUGACCGCACUCUAUCGGAACCAUGGUGUUACUCCAUAUACUCCAUUAAAAGGAGUCCUAAUCCGACCGUCAAUUUUCAUGAGCUUUUUCUUUGCUAUAAAUAACAUGGUUGAGAAAGUCCCUUCGUUGAAAGGAGGUGGAAUAUUUUGGUUUACUGAUCUGACAACCCCGGAUCCUCUUUACAUCCUUCCUGUGUUAACAUCACUGACCUUCUUGGCUACAGUGGAGCUCGGCAAUCCUUAUAUUGCCAGUAAAAUGAAGAUGCUUCAUAGAGGAAUGGGAGUCAUGAUAGUCCCAUUCACAAUGAAUUUUGCCAAGGGAUUUUUCUUUUACUGGAUCACGGCAAACUUGUUCACACUUGUAUAUGUUAUUGUUAUGCGUCGACCCACUGUGAGGAAGUUGUUUAAUUUUCCUGCUUUGGAAGCUCAGUCUGCACCUGCACUGAAUUCAGCCUUGGAUAUGUUUGGUGGAUCCAAGGCAGUGCCUUCAGCAAAGCCACCUUUAGCACUCACGGAAUUGGAGGAAGUAAGAAGCGAAAUAGAAUACAUGGCCGCCCAGCCCAGAGGAUCGCCGGAGUGGAGGAAAUUGAUGGCACUCUAUAAGCAUUGUUCUUCGGAUUUUGGUGAUGCUGCCGCUCUUGGGUAUCGGCCAAAAAAAAUUGAAAAGAAGGGGAAAUCUAUAGGCAAAUCUCGGAAGGGCAGGUAAACCAUGCAGCAGAUAGGAGCUUAAUGAGAGUAAAAAAAACCCUUUUGAUCUCGUGGACGGCCGAGACUUGAUUUAUCCUGACAUGCUUCUAAGAUUUGAUUUUGCGCAAGGAGGCCGCCAUUGUUUCUUCAUCGCGUGUGGGGCUGCUGUGGCCACUUUCAGUGAAUAAGAUCGGUUUUGAUACUGUAUCAUAAUAGAACCAUGCGCUAAUGUAUACAACAUUUAAUCUUGGUGUUCAUCUUCCGAAAAUGGGGUUAACUGUGA